AUGGCUGCAGCAGAUUCAAAAGAAUUUACGCCCAAGGAGGUGGCAGCACAUAGAGAGGUGAACGAUGCGUGGAUGGUGAUACACGGCGCAGUCUAUGACAUCACCAAGUACGUGGAUGACCAUCCUGGAGGCGCAGAUAUUCUCAUUGAGACAGCCGGCAUCGAUGCCAGUGAGCCAUUUGACAAUGCCGGACACUCCGAUGAUGCCUUUGAGAUCAUGGCCGAGUACCGCAUAGGAACCCUCAAGGGUGCCGGCAAAAAGCCCGCAUCCAAAGCCGUCAAAGUCAUGCCGAGAUCUUCAUCCAAGUCUGCUAUCACAGAACAGCGCCGUAUGGCAUCCACAGCAGCCGGCGUGCUCGCCGUCACCCUUGGCUCCGCAGGCAUCUUUUACGCCACCCGUUUGGCAGUCAACGACGGCCACGUUACCCUUCCCAGUUUAAAUGCUUCUGCUGCAGAAUGGCUCAAGUCCACAGGCUCCAAACGCCCGGGCUUCGGCUUCCUCGAAGGUGUCCUCGUAGCCUCCGCCUUCUUCGGUGCUACGGGCUCCGUUCUAGCCAACAAGGCGCUCAAACUUCUUCACUUCACCGAGGGUUUUGCCGGUUAUCCCCCCCACAAGAAGAUGCCUAAGAUUGUGAAGCCCGACCCCUUGCUCCAACGCGGCUGGCUUGACCCCCUGACCUUCCAGCAUCUACCCCUAACCAAAAAGGAGCUCAUCGCGCCCAACACGUACCGUUUCAUCUUCGAACUCCCCACCUCAAACACCGUCCUCGGCCUCCCCAUCGGCCAGCACGUCUCGAUCAAAGCCGACGUCGGCGGCCAAUCUGUCUCCCGCUCCUACACGCCCGUCUCCAACAACGCGGACAUUGGCGUCUUGGACCUCGUCAUCAAAUGCUAUCCCACCGGUGCCUUGACCGGCGGCUACCUCGCCAACCUGGAAGUAGGCGACGAGGUUGCCUUCCGCGGCCCAAAGGGAGCCAUGCGUUACCGUCGCGGUCUGUGCAAGCAGAUCGGCAUGCUGGCUGGCGGCACGGGCAUCACGCCCAUGUACCAACUCAUCCGGGCAAUUUGCGAGGAUGACAGGGAUACCACCGAGGUUAGCUUGAUUUAUGCGAACCGCACGGAGGAGGACAUCCUGUUGAGACAGGAGAUUGAAGCGUUUGCGAGGCGUUAUCCGAAGAAUCUGAAGUUGCAUUAUCUGCUGGACCAGCCGCCCGAGAACUGGGCCUACGGCAGUGGAUUCGUGACGAAGGAUCUCAUGGCCGAACGGUUCCCCAAGCCAAAUGGGAAGGAGGCUACGAUUAUGAUUUGUGGGCCGCCGGGAAUGGUGGGCGCGGCUAAGAAGGCCCUCGUGGAGUUGGGCUUUGAGAAGCCGGGGGCGAUGUCCAAGAUGGGAGAUCAAAUUUUCUGCUUUUAG